GCCGUGAAGGCGGCGUGGCGCUCCUCAGCCGUUCGGCCAUAUUGAGACUUUUAUCCCGACAGCAGCAGAGUUCCCAGCCGCUGUCGCUGUCUGCGGACACCGCGGCCAGCUCGGACCCGCUCCCCCCUGGAAUACACACCACACACCGCCAAAGUUCCUCCAGCAAGCCGCCGGACAGCGAGGCUAACCCCGGGCGAGGCUAAGAUGGUGGACCGGCUAGCGAACAGCGAGGCCAACUCCAAGCGCAUCGCGGUGGUGGAGAGCUGCUUCGGUGCGGCCGGCCAGCCGCUGGCCAUCCCGGGCCGCGUGCUGAUCGGCGAGGGCGUCCUCACCAAGCUCUGCCGCAAGAAACCCAAAGCCCGCCAGUUCUUCCUGUUCAACGACAUCCUGGUGUACGGCAACAUCGUCAUCCAGAAGAAGAAGUACAACAAGCAGCACAUCAUCCCGCUGGAGAGCGUCACCAUCGACACCGUGCCGGACGAGGGCGACCUGCGCAACGGCUGGCUCAUCAAGACGCCCACCAAGUCCUUCGCCGUCUACGCCGCCACCGCCACUGAGAAGUCCGAGUGGAUGAACCACAUCGGGAAGUGCGUGGGCGACCUGCUGCAGAAGAGCGGGAAGACGCCCACCGGCGAGCACGCCGCCGUGUGGGUGCCCGACUCGGAGGCCACGGUGUGCAUGCGCUGCCAGAAGGUCAAGUUCACGCCGGUCAGCCGCCGCCACCACUGCAGGAAGUGCGGCUUCGUGGUGUGCGGCCCCUGCUCGGAGAAGAAGUACCUGCUGCCCAGCCAGUCGUCCAAGCCCGUCCGCGUCUGCGAGUACUGCUACGUCCAGCUGACGUCGAGCGGCGGGGGCCUGGCGCCGCGCUUCGACUCCAUCAGCCGGACGGGGUCAAAGUUCAACAGCAACAACGUGUCGGACGAUGAGGACGAAGACGACAGCAGUGACUGAGGAGCCCGGCGGCGCCUCCCCUCCCUUCUACAAGGAGGGAACAUUCUGCUGAAUUAUUUUUUUGUUUUGUUUUUGUUUUUGUUUUCCCCAGCUGUAGAUUCCCGCUUGCCGUUAACCCGAGGAUUAACUCUCAGCGCUGCAGUGCUCUGGAACGGUUCUCACUCACUGGGUUGGUUUCGUUUUUUUUUUUCCCACCUCUGACUGAAGCAGGAAUAAUUAUUUUCCCGAACCGUCGUGACACGGCAACAAAGAGGGGGAGGUGUGGUGCGUUGAGUGACCAGCAGAACAGUGGGAGAAGUCGUGACUGUCUGACUCCUCCACCUCCACUCAGCCUCCUCCUCCUCCUCCUCCUCCUCCUCCUCCUGCAGACUUCACUACAGAAGACAUUGGUGCUAAUGAGAAAUACUCCUCCCUUCUGUCCUCCUUUAGUUUCACCUUCUCUUGAAAUUUGAUUCCUACAGAGCCCCAAAAGGGACACGGGGAGGAAAAAAAUGAUGUGGGAGGAAAAAAGGAGGUUUCUCCUGAGAAACAUUUAAUGUGAAUUUUUUGGGUUUUUUUUCCAGACUUGUGUAGAAAUGUCAAAGUGACCUUGUGGGUCACUGUGUAUGUCACAAACAGUGGAGUGACUUGUAGUUUUCCUUUGAGCUUGGCUUAAUGUGUGAAGACAUGGGGACUUUGACCUUUGACCCCCACUUUCCUCACACAUUCACAUCACAACACAGAGUUUCUCAGGAGAAACAGUAUUUCAGAAAAAUGCUUGCAUGAAUUUUUGUCCCUUUAGGGGCUCCGUAGAUUCCCCAUCAGAUUUUUUUAUGUGUUGAUUUUACUAUGCUGGAGUCUUUUUCCUGGAUUUUUCUAACCUGUAACUAUACGAGGUGAUGGCUUGUAAUUUCUGCAGGGAAAAUGUUGUGUCGCUUAGAGCCUCUAACCACGACCCGCUCUGUCGUUCAGGUAAACACCAAACUGUGCUUUUUCUAAACAGAUGUUUGGUAUUUUUCUGCCCUGUUUUGUAGAUUUGUCUCCAAAAAACAACAGCAAAAAAAAAAAAAGAUCCUUCUCUCUCUUACACACACACACACACACACACACACACACAAACACACACACACACACACACACACAAACCAGUCAGCGACAGCAUGAAUUUAACCCCGAGCUUUUGUAGUCGUCGUAUUUGCCUCUGACAAAUCAGCCCAAGCUCUGCUGGCGAUUGCGUACUGAUGCUUCUCACAGCAAGUGUGUGUUGUGUCUGGACAUUGCUGCUGCUAACACACACACACACACACACACACAAACACACUAUGUGAAGCAUCCCGGCGAAGCUUAGCACAUCAGCCGCUCCAAAAAUUAACUCGACCUUUUGCCUGUGCUGUCACGUAGUGCCUUUGUAGAAAAUGAGUUUAGCCUUCAGCAAGAUAGAAGCCGCUCUGCAGAAAUAGAGAGGCAUGAUGGGAAGUCGUUGAAACACAUUACGCAGGAGGGUCGCACAGCGGAGCGCCGCGCCGAACGCCGCCGUGCAGUUUUCCUGUCCGUCUCCCCCGUCGAUCAGGGCUGCAACUCAUGAAUAUAUGUCGAUUAAUCUGUCACUUAUUUCUUCAGUUCAUCACUUUGUCUCUAAAAUGUCAACAUGAACGACAAAUGUCAUCCCCAAACUGUCGUGUCCAAACUGCUUCCUUAGUCUGACCAGCAGGCAGCGGGAAAAAAGAUAAUGUAAUGAACCUGCUGAAACCUGAAGAGCCGGGAGCUUUCUGUCUGUUUCUGUCUGUGACUCGGUCAGAUUUAAAAAAAACCUGAUGACACGACAUCAUUUACCACGCAUCAUCUGAUGAAACAGCUGAUCAUUUGGUAAAUAUUAGGGUUUGUAAAGUGAUUUAAUAUCAGAAAGUUGCAGAAGGAAAACUCAGGUGUACAGAAAUUUGUUUGCAUUUUAUGAAACUGAGAAAAGCAAGAGAUUGUUAUCAUUUGUGAAGCUAAAACCACAAAGUGUGGCGUUUUUACGUGAUGAACAACUAAAACGGUUAAGGAUGAUGAAAACUCUAAUGAUUUAAUUUUCUUUUGAUCGAUUAAUCGACUCAUCGUCUCGGCCCGACUUUCCUGAAAAUGUUUGCCUGGUUGUUUUCAGGUUGAGCUGCUGGUGUGGGAUCGUCUCGUCCUCGGUGUUAAAGUCGUUUUUCUUCAAACGCUCCGGGGUUUGACUGCUGAUCGUUGAGCCCGUCGUCGUUUCUUCCACUGAACUGGAUGCAAUAAUGAUGAGGUCGCUGCUCUGUGACGCUCAGCGCCGACUGGAAUGCAAUAAUCAGGAAAUCUGCGCUUUGUCUUACUGUCUCUGACGCUUCCCCCGCGCUGCUCUGAGGUCAGAGGGCCACGCCGUGUCACAAAACAAACGCACCUCCCCUGAACUUCACUAACCCCGACCGGGCUGAUGAAAACAGCAGAAGAGCUGCUGAGCUCACAGGAACUAACUCUUUAACCCUCUUUAUCUCUCUCUCCCUCUCUCUCGCUCGCUCGUGCAGCACCAGUGCUUCCCUGCUUCCUGGUCAUGUGACCCGGUCAUGUGAUCGGACUCUGAACCAGGAAGUGAAAGGCUGUUGGUUUCAAACGUUCAUGCCGUCACAGCAGCUCUUUAGAGGCGUUUUGUUCCUGCUCUCUGAAACACACCUGAGGUUUUGCUCCUUCAGACGUAAAAUCCUGAUCGCGUCCGUGUUGAAAAUGUCCUCCGACGUUUGUAGGUGGGAAUUCUGCAGCUGAAACCUUUUCCUCCCUCAGAGCAGCUUUUAGUUUCUGUCUUUCCAGAAACAGAUGCAGAACAGACUCGUGAUUAAUUUGACAUUUUAUUCUGAAAAGCGUCGGUCUGGAGGUUUAAUCCUCAGCACCUCCGGGCGGGGUGAGUCGCCGCCGCAGCGUGUGGGCGCUCGGCUCUGCAGGCGGCGAGCAGAGGCUCCCUGUGCAAAACAAUAAGCAGCAAAAGUUGUUGUAAACUCGAGCCAUCGCCUGAAACAUGCAAACAGGCUUCAGACUUUUUCCACUUAGAAACGAGCAAAAAAGAAAAUGUGUGGGCGGAGUGUCUCAAACUGUCUGUGUGCGUUUUGAUCACAUGAUGUCUGUUCACGACCCUGGGUGUGUGUGUGUGUGUGUGUGUGUGAUGUCUCGUCAAGAGGAGUGGAGUCUGAGAAGCAGAACAGGGAAAAGGGAAUAUUGUGGUUGUGAUUGGUUUUGUGGCUGAGUGUGUGGAGUGUGUGGUGAUCAGUGAGCGGCGGCGGCGGCGGCGGGACAGAAGACGGUCAGAUCUGCAGCGCCUGCGUCCGCUCUGGCUUUUUAAAAAUCAACCUUCCUCUCCUUCUUUUUAGUCCUGAUGAUUUUUGUACAUUUGUACAGAUUUGGUUUGGGUUUUGUUUUCUUUUUGUACAGUUUGAUCAGCGAAAUGACGGCGUGUCGGCUCCGCCCACUUCCCAGCAGCCUCUGCAGCUCUCGCCCCAACCGGCCUCGCCGCCACUCGGCUCAUUUUACCCGUUCAUCACUUUUUUACUGUAGAAAGUGUGAAGAGUAAAGUGACGGUCUGAUGUCUUCCUCUGUCCGACCAGCUGCCAAAAAAAUUCAUACAUAAAUCAGUUUUCUUUAGAUCUGAACGGAGGAAAGGAGGCGGCGUCUUUGGACCAAAAAAUAUCACCAGUGAAUACAAAUCUUUUUUUUUCGAUAAAGCUUCUCAUAACGUUGCGUCGCUUUAAUGACUUAAAGUAGUUUGGCAGCACAAAAAACACAAAAUCCUACUUUCAAACUUCCCAUCAGCCCCCUGUGAUGAACGCAGCUGCUCUGUCUCUUCCUGUCACCUUUAACCCUUUGAGACCCGAAUUCAUCUGAUUUCUUAACCACAAAAAUAACCUGAGACUAAAAAAAAUGACAAUACAAAUUUAAUUUAUAAAUGUUAAAAUGACAUAUUUAAAUGUCAGAUCAGUGAUGCUGCGUCAGAUUGUUUACAGGAAUUUUAAAGGAAAAAAUAGAGAAAACUGAAAUGUUCAGGAGAAUCAGCAGGAAACGCCGACGUCUGAUUGGCUGUUGGCGGCUGGCGAAGGUGAAAGGAGAAAACGAGCCAACGACAUCACGGGGUUUUUGUUUUUAUGAUUUUUACAGAGGUGAAUGAAGGCGGAGCUGCAGAUCCUGAUAUUUAGACCGUGAGCCUGAUUGACAAAAAAAAAAAAAAAUGUAAAAAAUUACAAAUCAAAGGAAAAAAAACUGGGUCACGGAUUCCCACGUCUCAUGGAUUUC